AUGGAACUCCUCUCAGUCCUUUGCCUGGCUGCAGCUGCCAAGGGCUGCCACUGCCUAUAUUUGGCAUACAAGUUCUUUCUCCGCCCUGGCAAGGAGCUCAAGCAGUAUGGCCAGUGGGCCGUGGUCACUGGUGCCACCGAUGGCAUUGGAAAGGCCUAUGCCAUGGAACUGGCACGCCAGGGACUGAACGUGCUGCUCGUGGCCAGGAGUGAGGAAAGAUUAACAGAGACUGCCAAAGAGCUCAAAGGAAAAUACCAUGUGACCGUCGAUCAGCUCAAGGUGGACUUUUCGAACUUUGAUGCAGCAGCCAGAGAGGCCGUGAAGGAAAAGCUGGCCACCUUGGAUGUCGGUAUCCUCAUCAACAAUGUGGGUUUAUCCUAUCCCUACACCAAGUAUUUCCACGAGUUGAAAGAUCAAGAGGUAGCCGACAUCAUGGAGGUGAAUAUGUCAUCAAUGACAUGGAUGAAGCUUGGUGUUCAGCUGGUGGGGGUUGCCUCCCCAGUUUCUGGGGAACAUUUCUGGGAUGAGUUGGAACCAACAGGAGCACUGGUUUCAUGGGGAUGA